AUGAUUUUAGCUAAUAAUGUUUAUAAAGUUCCUAAACUAAAAGACCUGAAAAACUUGAGGAUAGCAGAAAAUGAUAGUAUAAGUAGAUAUUCGUUCGUUAACAAAUUUGAGGAAAAUGAAUUAGAAGAUAUAGAAAACAUAAUAAAUAAUAAGGAUAUAAGUAUAGAUAAUAAAAUAGAGUUGUUUUAUUCCAAGUUAAACAGUAGUAUACAUGAUAUAUUUAGGAUAAUAGCAGAUUAUACUAGUUUAUAUAUUAUAAAUGGGGAAGGUUUAUUAAUUCAUGUUUGUAUGUUAUUAUCUAAGUUUUAUUUAUUUCAAAAUGAAGAAGAUCAAAAUAUUCUUAGUUUUAAUAAUAGCUUGAAUAUUAGUAGUAUAAUAUAUUAUAUUGAAAAGGUGUUAAGGGAUUUUGCUUUAUGUAAUUCAAAUUUUCAUAUAAUAUUUUUUAAUGUUUUUAAUUUGUUUUUUGAAAAAGAAACAAAAUUAUUCGAAAAUUAUAAUAUCUUAAGAAAUGCAUUUAUAAUUCAUUGUAAAAAAAAUUUGAUUCCUUAUUAUAUUUUUGAUAAUUGGUAUAAUGAUAAUAAUUAUAAUAUAUACAUUAUAAAAUAUAAACCUUUAUUUAUGUUUGUUGAAGACAGUUCUUCUUUUUUAUAUUUGUUUAAUAAAUUUUAUGUAAGCGAAGUUGAUGAAAAAAAUGAAUUAGAUGAUAAUAUAACAUUAUCAAAGGAAAGGGAAGUUGACGAAAAAACGAAUAACAACAAUGAUAAAAUUUUAGAUGGAGAAAAAAAUCGUAAGGAAUAUUUGAAAAAAAAAAAAAUAUAUGAUUACUACAAUGAAGAAAUUAGAGAAAUAUCGCUUUGUUUUUAUUUUCUUUUAAUUAACAAUAUAUUAAGAGAUAUAAAAUCUGUGCUUUUUUUCAAUGUGGAGAUUGAGAAGAAUACUGUGAAUGCCUUUUCUAUAAAUUAUAAGAUGAUAAAUUUUAAAAUAGUUGAGAAAUUAAAUGAAGAAUCAACGUUACUAUUUGAAAGAAAUGUGUAUCAAAAUGUUGAUAUUAAAGAAAGUAUAGCUUAUGAGAAUAGUAAUUAUACACAGAUAAAUAUAUCACAAAGUAUAAAGGAUUAUGAUUUGUUGUAUAAUGAUGAAAAAAAUUAUAGUAAAGAAGAAUUAGAACUGCUUGAAUUAUUUUCAGUAAAUGUGAAAUCAGAUAACAUUAAUUUGAAAAAUGUGGUAUUAAAUGUGUUUUACUCCAAAAUUAAAGAAACAAUUAUAAAGGGUGAUGAGAAAAAGGAUUUUACAUUUUUAGCUGUGAAACUUAUAUUUAUGCAUAAUUAUUUAAUAGAAAAAUUAAAUAUGAAAAAUUUAAAUUGUAUACCUGAUAUAGACAAAAUGGGUAAAGAUUAUUGCAGUUAUAAUUUUAUAAAAUCACAAAUAGAGGGAUAUGUAUUAUCUUAUUUAAAUAUUUAUAAUUUAAUAUUGAAAAGUUUACAAGGAUAUAUGUAUUGUGAUAUUUUGCAAAAUAUUAGAAAUACAGAUAUAUUGCACUUUUUUAAUUCUUCAAUAAUUCAUAAUUUAAUAAGUUUUAUAAGUUAUAAAAUAAGAGAAAAUAUUUAUGUAAUUAAUUAUGAGGAUUUUUCAUUUGAAGAUACAGAUUUUUUUGAAAAAUCAUUUAAAAAUGUAGUAGGAAAUGAUGACAUGCCAUUUUUUCCAAUUAAUUUUGAAUUUUUACUAAAUUGCACUAAUUUAUUGCCUAAAAAUGAAACAAACGUUGUAGAAGGAAAUGAUAUAGAAAAUAGUAAGAUUGAAAAUGAUAACAAAAUAGAUGAAAAUCCUAUUAAAAAUCCAAAUCAAUGCAAAAAUGAAAUAUCAAAUGAUAAUAAAAUAUUCAACGUUAACUUGAUAAACAUUAAAAAUGAGUUUAUAGAGAAUUUUUUUCAUAUUGAUAAUAAGUCAAAUGAAAUCGAAAGAAAUACUAACGAUAUAAUAAAUGAAAAUAAUAAAGGUCAAGAAAUUAAGUAUAAAGUAAAUUAUGUAGAUAAGUGUAUAGAAUAUGAUAACGAAUUUUUUGAGUUGUGUGGAUUAUUACACAUUACACAGAGAGAAGAAGUAUAUGAUAUUUAUAGGCGUUAUGUAAAAAUGUCAAAAAAUUCGAGAAUAUCAAAGGUAAGAAAAGAAGAUGAAAGAAAUGUAUUACGAGGACAACAAAAAGAAGAAAGGCGAAAUGCUAUAAUUGCAAAAUAUUUUUAUAUUAGCUCAUUACAUCACCCAAUUAUUAUAUCAGAAAAUCAUCCAUGGUUGAAAUAUUAUAUAUAUAAUAUUGAUAAAUUGUAUAAUUAUUUAAAAAAUGAAGAAAAUAAAAAAGUAAUUAAUAUGAGGAUGAAAAGAAUAUUUGAAGAAACAUUUUUGAAAGAAAAUACACCAAGUAUUUGCGAUAAAAAAAAUAAAAAAAUUAAAAAUCAGCAAAAUUACAUUAAAAUGUUUGAAGUUUUAGAUGAUAUAAGUGGUGAUGAUAGUAACCUUGAUAAUGAUGGGGAAAAUAAUAAAGGCAAAAAAGGGCAAAAAGAAAAGGAAGAAAAAAAAAAUAUUAAAGGAGGAAAUUCAAAUCAAUUAACUCGCAAAGAUGAAAUUUUAAAAAGAAAAGAAUUGUCAAAUGAAAAAAAAAUAUAUGAAGUAGAUUUAGAAAGAUAUAAUGUAUUAGAAGCAAAAAUAAAUAAACUGAGUAGCAAUAAUAAUUAUUCUGAAAUGAAUACAUGGUCAUUAGAUAUAAUAUCAGGCUUUAAUAGAUUAGUAGAUGUAUACAAUUUUAAUAAUGUUAGUAAUUUAAUAAAAAAUGCAACUCUUCAACUUAAGGUUAGUAUGAAAGUUUUAAGUAAUAUGUUUGAUAUUAUUAUGCACACAAAAUUAAAAAAUGUCAAAACUAAUAAACAGAAAUCAGACGCAAUUAGAAGUGUAAUGCUAAUUUAUAAAUUGGUUAAUGAAAUUUUUAACAAAUUUAAAGAACAUCUAACUGAAAAAGAUAUUGUUCAGUUGCAAACUGUUUUAUUAUCACUUGGGUUUAGAAAUAGUAGUUAUAAUUUAUUUGAAGAAUAUAUUAAGAUAAGGGUGAAACAACUAGAAGAAGAAAAUAAUAAUGAUGUCGAAGAAGAUAAAACGGGUAAAAAUAAAAAAAAUGUAAAAGGAAAAGAAAAAACAAAAUUGAAAGGUGGAGCAAAAGGUGGAAAAAGCAAGGAUGAGGAAAAAUUGGGCCUAGAUAAGAUAAAAAAAAAAGGAAGAGAAGAAAGUAAUUCAGAGGUUGGAGUAAAAAUAUCUGAUAGGAAAGAAUUAAAAGAACUUUAUAAAUAUAAAAUCGAAUCAGUAAAAACAUACAGUGAAUUAAAAAUAGAUGAAGAUAAAGAACAUGAAUUCCAAUUAUAUUAUAUGUACUAUUUAUUAGAUAGAACAACAGGAAACAUAAAAGAUAAACGUGUUUUAUUUACUUUAGAUACUUGGCAAUAUAAUAUAUUAAAUUUAGUAGAUCGAAGAAAAAGUAUACUAGUUUCUUGCCCAACUAGUAGUGGUAAGACGUUUAUUUGUUAUUAUGUUAUGGAUAAAGUAUUAAGAUUAAAUAAUGAUAGUGUAGUUGUAUAUGUUGCCCCAAAUGAUACAUUAGCUUUACAAGUAUUUCAUGAAGUAAAUGGAAGAUUUAAUACAAAAAGUUAUUCAAAAUAUGGGGAAAAUAAAUUAUGCUCAUAUUUAACAGAUAAAUAUGCACAAGAUAAGGCAUUAGAAGCUCAAAUAGUUAUAAUAUUACCUAGUGUUUUAGAAAAUAUUUUAUUAUCUUAUUAUUCGAUGGGUGAAAAUACUGGUUUAGAGACAAAAGUAUCUAAAUUUAUUAGUAGAAUUGAAUAUAUAAUUUUUGAUGAAAUUCAUUGUAUUGGAGAUAAAGAAUUUUAUGGGCCACAAAUUGAAAAUAUCAUUCAUUUAACAACUUGCCCAUUUUUAGCAUUAUCUGCUACUAUUGGUAAUAUAAAAUAUUUUUAUGAUUGGUUAAAAAAUGUUAUGAUAAAAAAGGGAAAAAAUGAAAAAGAUUUGCAUUUAAUUAAAUUUUAUGAAAGAUUUUCAGAUUUGGUUUUAUAUGUAUACACUAAUAGAAAUUUGCAUCACUUAAACCCAUUGGCUUGUUAUAAUUAUAGAGAUAUAUUAUAUAAAGGUAUUAAUAAAGAUUUUUAUUGCAAUCCUCGAGAAAUAUAUGAAAUUAUAAUGUUAUUAUUUGAAUUAGCUAGAAAAAAACAAUUUUAUGAUUUAGUAGAAUUUUUAGAACCUUCAUUUUAUUUCAAAUAUACACGAUGUAUAAAUAAGAAACAGUUUAUAUAUUACAUGCACAGUGUAAAAGAAAUGAUAAUAUAUUUAAUACAAAAUAAAUAUAUUACUAGUUCAGACUAUGAUAUGUUCAUACACAUGUUGUUAUCAAAUUAUUUGAAGAAUACUGAUGUAUCGCGAGGAGAAAAGAAAGAAGAGGAAACACAAAAUAAAAAAAAAGAGGUAGAGAAAAGGGAAGUGGCCAAAGAAGAUGAUAGUAGUAGUGAUAGUGAUGAAGAAAAUAAGCAAAUAACAAGUAUGCAAAGUACAACGAAACAUUUAUAUAAGCGAAAAGUACAAGAUGAUGCACCAAAAGAAAAAUUAUUUCAGGAAUUAUACAAAAAUGUUGUAUUGGAUGAAAAAUAUUACUUAAACAAAUCAAACGAUUUAGUAAAAUAUACUGAAACUGUAAAUGUUGAACAAGAAUAUUUAGAUAGCGGUAAUUUAAUAGAAUUAUUAAAACAUUUGGAAGAUGUAAAUUUUUUACCAUGCAUUGUUUUUAAUUUUGAAAGAAAAGAAUUAGAAGAUAUGACUAUCAAUUUGAUUAAUGAACUUAUGAGAAGGCAACAUGAUAAAUACUAUGGAACUGAUGAAAGGGCAUUUAAUACUAAGAUGGAAAAUAAGCUACGACAAGAAAGAUAUGAAAAUUUAUUAAAGCAAAGAGAAAUGUUAUUAAAAAUAAAAACAGUAUCUAGAAACCAAAGAUUAGAACAAAAUUUAGAUAAAGAUUAUUUAGAUAUGUUAAAUGAAGAUGAAAUACCAGAACCUCCUAUAGAUAUUUCAGAAGAAUAUGAUGGUGAUUUUUAUUUUUGUAAUAGAAAAGUAUAUCACAAUUAUGUUUUUGAAAUAGAAGAUUUAAUAAAGGAUGCAGAAAGAGCAAUCGAAGGAAGAAAAAAUAAGGACAUAUUAAUUGAAGGUUUAAAAAGAGGUAUAGGUUUACACUAUGAAGUUUUACCUUACAAAUUUACAAUUAUAGUUGAAUCUUUAUUUAGAUUAGGAUACAUUAAGAUAAUAUUUAGUAAUAAAAAUUUGUCCUUAGGAAUAAAUAUUCCUUGUAAAUCUAUUAUAUUUACUGGACAUACUUAUGAAUUAAAUUCUCUUUUGUUUAAACAAACUUCUGGAAGAGCUGGUCGACGUGGGUUUGAUUUAUAUGGUAACAUAAUAAUAUGGAAUAUUAAUUUUAAGAAUUUAAAAAGAUUAAUUACGUGCCCUUUACAAACACUUUCAGGUACUUAUUGUGUUAAUUUUACAAAUAUAUGUAGAAGUAUGUUAUUAUAUAAUUGCUUGAAAAAAUAUAGAGAAAUGGAAGAAAUUGCACAUAGAAAUAAAGCUAUAGUAAAUAAACCAAGUAAAAAGAAGAAAAAAGAAGAAACUAUGAGUGUAGCUGAAAAGGAAGAAAUUUUUGAAAAAAACAGAUUUAUCAAUAUUAACUAUUUUAGUAGAGUUAAUGGUAUAUUAAGUUUGUUUUACAAUACUUUGUAUUAUAUAAAUGCGUUCCAUGAUGAAAAUAAUAAAACAUUAGAGGAUAGAGAAAGCAAUUCAAUUGUUGAAGAUAUAAAAGGUGGAGUAAAUAAAACAAUAAAGGGUGAUAAUGCAUCACAAAACACAAAUAAUUGUGAUGUAAUUUGUGAAAGUGAUUAUUUAAAUUUUCGAAAAGAAGAAUUUUUAGAAUAUAAAGAAAAAGAUAUAUCAUCCGAUUUUAUCAAUAGAAAAUAUGAAUAUAACGAAUUAAUUUGCGAAAUUAUUGAAAAUAAGAAGAAAAACAAAUAUAUAUCAAUUUUUGAAAACCAGAAAAAUUUAAAAGAACUAUCUUUUAUGAUAAAAAUUCAUUUUCUUAUAUAUAUAAACAUUCUUGUUGAAAUGGAAGCAUUAGAUGAUGAUGGCAAUGUAAUUAAUUUAACUGAAUUAUCUAUAUUAUUAAAAAAGGAAUGCGAUAAUAACUUUUUAUUAACACAUUUACUUAGAAAACGAAUUAUACAUAAUCUUAUAGGAGACGAUGUAUUUUUAUCGUACUCAAAUAGUGAAGUAUCUUUACAAAAAAUAAUUGAUUGCAUAACUUUCGAAAAAAAUUAUUCUCGAAAUGCAAUAGUAGAUGACACAUCAAGAGGGAAAUUUAUCUUAUUGUUUAUUCUUUCUCAUUUUAUUAAUAAAAUAAAAGAAAAUAAAAUAGCUUUAACCAAUAUAUUAAUCAAUUAUAAUAAUAAAAGUAGAAAUCGAUUGGAAUUAUUUAGUCAUAAAUAUUUCCCUCUUUUACACACACUUCCAAAAUCUGUACAAAAUCAUGUUAAUAAUUUAGAAAAGCUCAUAUUAAAUAAUUUAAUAAAUUAUUCAAUAAUAAUUAUAAGCAAGCUAAAAUUGUGGAGUAGAAAAAAAACAUAUUUACUUCCAUAUACUCAGUUAUACAUAUUUGAGGAGCAUCCCUCUUCGAAUUUGGUUGACAUUUUCAAUAACACAAAUUCAGAAUUCAUAAAUUAUUAUAAAGAAAAGGUUGACGAUUACAAUAUAAGAUCCCCUUUCUUGGCCCCCCUUUAUAAAAACGAUAAAUUCGAUAAUUUAUGUGAAUUACUUUACACAUCUCUAAUUGAUUUGGAUAUGAAAAAAAAUAUGAUUCCAGAUAUAAUGGAAGAUUAUGUUUAUUUUUAUAAGUUCGAAAAUGGAUUAAUAAAAGAGGAAAAAGCAUGCUUAAAAAACUCAUAUAUGAUAGAUUAUUUCUUACACGGAAAGUAUUACGUUUUAAGAAACAAAAAUAAACUAGGACAAUAUACUUGGUAUAUUAUAGAUAGAUUUAUUGACUCUUUAAAAAAUAUUGAAAAUUAUUUAUACGAAAUUAAGAGAGAAAAGGAUUUCUCAAAUGACGUUUUUUACACGUGUUUAAGUUCAAUGAAGGACAUUUUACAAAAGCAUUUUAAAUCUAUUAACUCAGAAUAA